AGGAGCAGGAUCAGGGACAGGAAGAGGAGGAGCCACGAGUGCACAGCUCUUUGUAACUGCAGCACCCCCGCCCUGGGAGCGUCGGUUCUCCCCUCCGCAUCCCGCAGGAUUUCUCAUUCCCAAACCUUUGCCAAAGGGAGGAGGAGGCUGUGAGGAAGAGGAAGAUGCCCCAGGAGCCCCAGGCAGGGGAUGAGCUGCACACAGGGACCAAAGAGGACAAAUCCCCACGGCAGAACCUGGUGGAAGAGGCCGUUUUGAGCGGCUCCACGGCGCAGGAAUCCAACGGGGAGGAAAAGCCCUGGAGGUCCCCCACGAGGAGGGGCUGCAAACACAGCCCAGGGAGCUCUGAGGAGGAAAGACUCACCCUGUGCUGGGAAGGUGGCCGGAGAUCCAGCCAGAGCUCGGACCUGGUGGUCCAUGAGCAACUUCAUGACAGGGAGAAGCCCCACAAGUGCUUGGAGUGUGGGAAGAGCUUCAGCUGGAGAUCUCACCUGCUCCGCCACCAGAUGAUCCACACUGGGGAACGGCCCUACGAGUGCGGGGAAUGUGGGAAGAGCUUCAGCCAGAGCUCUGACCUAGUGGUCCACCAGCGCCUUCACACAGGGGAACGCCCGUACAUGUGCUUGGAAUGUGGGAAGAGCUUCAGCAAGAGGUCCAGCCUCAUAUACCACCAGCGCUUCCACACUGGGGAACGGCCGUACAUUUGCUUGGAAUGUGGGAAGAGCUUUAGCCAGAGCUCCCACCUCAUCAGCCACCGCCGGCUGCACACAGGGGACCGACCGUACAACUGCUUGGAAUGUGGGAAGAGCUUCAACCGCAGCUUCAGCCUUGUCAUCCACCAGCGUGUCCACACUGGGGAGAGGCCCUAUGAGUGUCACGAGUGUGGGAAGAGGUUUCGGACCAGCACCGAUCUCCUCAUGCAUCAGCGGAUGCACACGGAGGAGAGGCCCUUCCGCUGCACUGAUUGUGGGAAGAGCUUCAUCCGUAGCUCUGACCUAGUCAAGCACUGGCGCGUCCACACUGGGGAGAGGCCCUACAGGUGCUUGAAGUGUGGGAAGAGCUUCACCCAGAGUUCUGCCUUGACCUCACACCAACGGACCCACUGGUAAGAGAAGCUCUACAAGUGCCCCAGCUGCAGGAAGAGCAUUGGAGGAUCCAUGCUGAGCAGAGGCCUAGUGACCCAUGUUCCUGGUGAUCCACACUGGAAGACACCUGGCUUGUGGUCUCCACAUCCUCCUGGUUCCCCAUAGGCACCUGGAUGAACACAGGGGCAGGAGCAUCCACUGGAACACAGACUGACGUUGGAAAUUUAUUGGGAAGAGUGGAUUUGUUGACUUGGAAGAUCCCAAAAAAUCUCACCUGCUCCAUCCAAUCAUUUCUUCCUGUGGCGUCAAGCAACACUGGAUGAUUUUUAGGGUCUUUUCCAACCUAAGUAAUUCCAUGAUUCUAAUUCUCUCUGGACCAUGGGUGUCUUGCACAGCAAAAUGGUGAUGGACUGGAGCAAAAUUUUGAAGACAGUGGGGUGGAGACCCCUCUAAAAAAGGCUCUUUUACCCACCCAACCCAACCCCAUGAAUACUCACAUGAUGCUGACAUGUAAAUCUUUUUUUUUUGGUCUUGAUUUUCUUUUGAUUCCUGUUUAUCCCUUAAAAACACCUAAGGUUGGGGUAAAAAUAAAGAAAUUGAAUAAAGACCUCUAAACUCCCACUA